UUACUCAAAAACCACCAAUAAACCUGUUUUUUUUCUUUUUCUUUCUUCUUCUUCUUCACAGAUCCAGUUUUACCCCACACUUCAAUUCACCGCCGGUAACAAUUAACCGACAAGUACCUCGCCGGUAAACUUCAUUAACAUAUUAUUUAAGCCAAUCCACAUCAAAAGAACUCAUCCUAAAGCCCCGCCGCCACAACAAUACUCUCUUAAUUCUUACUCUAAAUUACUCCAUUUUCUGUCUCCCUUCUCUCAUGGAGUCGACGACUAACAACUGAGCUCUUCAGCUCAGCUCAUAUUUAUAAGUUGUUCUGUUUCAAUUUUCUGUUAAAUUUUGGAUCUUUGAAAGGAAAUGGAAGAAGAAAGAGGAGUGUUAGUGCAGGAGCUGAUUGAGGUAGUGAACGAAAUAGCAGCCAUUUCAGAUUUCAGAACUUGGGUGAAGAAAGAGUAUUGCAAUCUAGCUAGGAGGCUCAAAUUGUUGAUUCCAAUGUUUGAAGAGAUUCGGGAUAUCAAAGAACCAGUUCCUGAAAACUCCAUGAUAGCUUUGGUUUCCUUGAAAGAAACUCUUGAAUCAACCAAGGAAUUGCUCAAAUUCGGUAGUGAGGGAAGCAAAAUUUAUCUGGUCUUAGAAAGGGAGCAGAUAAUGAAUAAAUUUCACCAAGUGACAACCCAGCUGGAACAAGCUUUGGGUGGAGUUCAUUAUGAAGAGCUUGACAUAUCUGAUGAAGUUAAAGAGCAAGUAGAGCUUGUCCUUUCUCAGUUCCAAAGAGCCAAAGGAAGGGUUGAUACACCUGAUGCUGAACUCCGUGAGGAUCUAUUGUCCCUUUACAGAAAGAGUAAUGAUCCUGCUAUAGAUCCAGCUGUCCUGCGGAAAUUGGUUAAGAAGUUACAGCUGACUGGAUUAUAUGAUCUCACACAAGAAUCAUGUGCUUUGCAUGAUAUGGUCACUGCUACUGGUGAAGAUCCAGAGGAGAGGAUCGAGAAGAUGUCACUUGUACUGAGGAAAAUUAAGGGCUUUGUGCUGACUGAGACUCCGGAGAUUGAUUCUUCUUCGAGGGAGAAGUCUUCAACUUGUAGUGGACAAGCAUCUAUCGAGGCAACUCAUAAGGCCCCAGUUAUACCAGAUGAUUUUCGGUGUCCUGUAUCCCUGGAAUUGAUGAAAGAUCCUGUUAUUGUUUCAUCUGGCCAGACUUACGAGCGUUCUUCUAUUGAGAAGUGGCUGGAAGCAGGGCAUAGCACUUGUCCCAAGACACAACAAGUCCUCACAAGCAAUGUUGUCACACCAAACUAUGUGUUGCGGAGCCUCAUAGCACAGUGGUGUGAAAUGAAUGGAGUUGAAUCACCCAAACGACCAGGUAGUUCACCCAAUAAAUCAACAUCCGCGUGCACGCCUGCUGAGCACUCGACAAUAGAAAAUCUCCUGAGAAAGCUCACAUCUGGCAGCCCUGAAGAUCGUCUCUCAGCCACAGGUGAAAUCCGCCUGCUUGCUAAACGCAAUGCUGAUAAUCGUGUUGCAAUAGCUGAAGCAGGUGCUAUUCCUCUGCUCGCUGACCUUCUUUCCACACCUGAUUCUCGGAUCCAAGAGCAUGCUGUUACAGCACUACUUAACCUCUCUAUCUGUGAGGAUAACAAACGGAGCAUUGUAACAUCAGGGGCAGUGCCUGGUAUCGUCCAUGUGCUUAAGAAGGGGAGCAUGGAAGCACGUGAAAAUGCAGCGGCCGCGCUAUUUAGCCUUUCAGUUAUAGAUGAGAAUAAGGUCAUAAUUGGUACUUUUGGGGCAAUACCUCCACUUGUUACAUUAUUAAGUGAUGGCACCCAGAGAGGGAAGAAAGACGCUGCUACCGCACUUUUCAAUCUGUGCAUUUAUCAAGGGAACAAGGGCAAGGCAGUAAGGGCUGGAGUUGUGGUCACUCUAAUGGGGCUGCUUACGGAACCUCAAGGUGGUAUGAUCGAUGAAGCACUUGCCAUUUUAGCGAUACUGUCUAGUCAUCCAGAAGGGAAGACAACCAUUGGAGCUGCAGGGGCAGUUCCUGUUUUGGUAAAUGUGAUCACAAAUGGUUCUCCCAGAAACAAAGAAAAUGCAGCUGCAGUUUUGGUACACCUUUGCUCUGGGGACCAACAUCAUCUAGUGGAUGUUCAGGAGCUAGGAAUAAUGGGACCAUUGGUGGAUUUAGUACAAAAUGGCACUGAAAGGGGUAGACGAAAGGCAACCCAGUUGCUUGAACGAAUAAACAGAUAUGCUGAGCAGCAAAAACAGGCCCAGACAGAACCUGAGGCUCCGAUUCAUAACCAGCUUUCACAGUCACCACCAUCAUCAACAAAUGUCCUGGAAUGCUGAAUAAAUAACAACUACUACUAUGCCUCAAUCCUAAGCAAGCGGGAUCAGUUAUAUUAAUCCUCGCUGAUCCAGUUAAGCUGCUCCUGUAUGCUUUUCUUUUUUCUAUUAUGUUUGGCUUUUCUUGGUUUGUUAUAGCAUAAAUUGUAGAAAAUGGGAGAAAGGUGGAAGAUCACCUGAUACAUCCAUCAUUUAUUUGUUUUCUGGGGUUGAGGUGUACACUCCCAAGGAUAUAUUGAGGGAAUGAAACAUCAACUUAUUUGACAAUAUUGAAAUGUCAAACUGUACCAUUACAACACAUGUACAAGUGAAAAUCUUCCUCAGUUUUUAUAGAAGAAGAUGCUUUUCUACAUUA